AUAUCGGCACUGGAAUCGAGAAAAAAUUCCUCAACGAGAUGACAAUGGACAAAAAUACUGCACUGGCUAAUCAGGAGAAAAGACUCCUCGACUCUUUCCACGAUAGCAUCAUAGCGGAAAUAAAAGACGUCGAAGCUAGAGAACGAGCGGCCUGCCAAAGAGAGAUAGAACGAAUAACACAGGAGUUCGAAAUUCACCUCGUUGAAGAGUUGCAAGCGUUAGAGUCAAAAUUAAGGAAAGAAUACGAAUCUUCGGCUGGGAGACAGGAACAGACCUUGAAGGAAAAAUGGGAGGGUAAACUUAAUAUGGAAGUGACGACAACCGUUAGAAAAAUGACGGAACAGUUUUUGAGAGAACUUGCCAGACAGGAGAGGGUUAUGAUGGAACAUUUCAAGAUAGAAUUGAGGAAAAGUGAAAUAAAGCGUCAAUUCGACCUCUCGCAACAACAGUCAAUCUACAGCUCAAACGUGAAACAACUGAGACAUGUACUGGAAUGCAAAAACAUCGCCAACAUGAUGUACAUACUGUGCAUGGAAAGAAGGAAGUGUUGCAAGGAAAAAACGGAAAUAGAAGAACUAUACAAUACCAAAAUCAACGAACUGGGUAGUGUGAUAUCUCAAAAGGAUAUUGAGCUACUGGAACUGAAGGAGCAAGUGAAGAAACACAUCAAAGAAGUUCAACUGAGAGAAACUUGCAUUCUAGGGGUGAUCAAGCAGUUCCAGAAGUUCAUCAACUUCGCCCUGAGAUCAGCACCAACCCAAGCCGAGUUCUUGUUAUCCAUCGAAAAGAUGCUAGUGUUUGAGCUAACUGACGCCAUCUUGAAAGCAGACGUGCCCACUUUGGAACCGUGUGAAAGAUUCGUAUCUUGGAAAACCCCUACAAAUACUGACAAGGUGGAAACUGCAGACCUGGAAAUCAAAGACUACCACAAUUGUUUCAAAGAACUUCCGCCUGUCCUCAAAGAAGACGACGACCGGUUUCUACCCGCAUUCACCUUCAGGGACAAGCUUUAUGUACGAGAGGAUUUCCGUAACAUGCUCUCACAAGGGAUCGAGAUGAGCCAAAGUAACGAGCUUUGGACUCCCGAGGUGCAAGUCCUGAUGAAUACUUUGAAAAGGUCCGUUCGUAGCAGGCAGAAUCUUGACAAAAUCGUUCCACAGAAAACUCGGGACGUUAGUGAACACGGAAUGUAUGCCAAACCUCAUUCUGUCAUCCAAUUCAAAAUAGCGGGCCAACCACUAAUAGCCCCCGAGAAGCCGCAUAAGAGGGUAUCGGUCGAUGACGAGAGCAUUUCCUUGUCUCUCAGGAAAGCUAUGUUAGAUUCUGAGAGGCCCUCUAUUCGAACUGCACAAGACUCCAUCACGACCAUAGAUUUCUCAAAGGUUGGAUCGGAGGAAAAAAAGAACCGUUUGCUAGGGGCUAGGAGUUCCUUAGAACUGAUAAUUAAAAAAGGUUCGGUGAGGUAUAUUGGAAAAGGAGAUCCAAAUGAUAUCGAGGAUCAUGUAAGAAAGGGAUCCUUGGAUACAGAUUAUGAGACAGAAUCGUUGACAGAGACGUUCGAGGAACCUCAAAAAGAAACGCGCCUCAAGAAAAACUUAAGAGAGAGUUACGAUUCUACAGCUUUAACCGUCGACUAUUCAGAACGGAAUGUAAAUACUCCGUUUGAGUAUAAAAACAUUACAGAUGCCAGCGUCAUUAGCGAAAAAAUCUCUCCCGAAUUAGUUCUUGACACUCGUGAUUCCCUAAUGCUACAUCAAGUUAAUCCAAGUAAAGAGCAAACGGAUUUCACAAUCAGCCCGCGAGACUCGAUCGAAGUAGCAAAAAAUUCGAUAGAAGCGAUAAAAGACUCCGUAUCAACCGUGAAAAAAAAACCGUCCAAGUUGACCACUGCUAAAGACUCUGUAGAACUGCUCAGGCAAUCCAAGCUGUACCUGAAAGAGCCGUCAUGCAUCAGAAAGGAACCAUCCAAAUCUAGAUCAGUAGCGAGCUUUUCCAGCAUGAAAGAGAGCUGUUGCGACAAAUGCAUCAAGCUGAAAGAAAGCACGGAAGUGCUGGACGGAGUGAUUCGAAAGAAACCGCACAAUGAGGAAUCUUUCUCGGAAACCCGUUCAAACGUGAAAAUUGCGCAAGUCGAAGUGAUCAGCAUCGACAGAGAACAGAAUAAGUCAAAUGUCUCGUUUCACCCCAUGCCUAUCGUUUACGAAGCUGUAAGCAAUCAGACAAACGAGCUAUCGAAGUUGUAUCAGACGCCGACAAAGAGUAUGGGUAAAAAUCAGAAACCUGUCAAAGAUAAAUUCAGAUCACUUCCCCAAGCUGUUAAAAUUGUUGGAGAAACUAAAGGUAAAGAAUCCCUGCAGAACAAGGACGAAUUCACUGUGGACAGGAUAUAUUCGUUCAUAUCCAUGAUAAAAGAACAUCCAAAUCUAAUUAAAACAUUCACAGCAUGUAGGAGAUGAAUUGUAUGUUUUUUUUUCUGUUGAAUAAAGUGUAAUAUUACUAUGUCA